UUGAAGCCGCCACCACUCAUCGUGCUGUCGUUCGACGGCUUUCGGGUCAGCUACCUACAGCGAGGCAAGACCAAGAACUUGGAUAUCAUCAAACGCUGCGGCUCUUCGGCGGAGUACAUGUAUCCGUCAUACCCGUCUAAAACCUUUCCCAACCAUUACACGAUUGCGACGGGCCUGUAUCCGGAGUCGCACGGCAUCGUUGACAAUAAGAUGUACGACCCAAGUCACUCGGAUCCGAAAACUCGCUGGUUUAACCAGAAAACCAACAUAUGGAACACGGCGAUCAAAAAUGGCCUUAAGUCGGCGACGAUCUACUGGUUUGGUUCCGGCGUGGCCGUUCAGGGUACGUCAACGACAUUAGUCGACAACCACGUUGAGACUAACGACUUCUGUACAGGCAUGCAACCUACGUAUUACAGUGGAAAGAAAAGUCCUGAAUCUCAAAUCAAGCAGGUCGUUGAUUGGCUGCUUUUGCCAGACUCACAGCGGCCGUCGAUCAUUAUGGCCUAUUUCAGCAUACCUGAUGGGGCUGGUCAUCUGUACGGCCCUCACGCCAAAGAGGUUAACAACCAGGUGUCCGCAGUGGAUGGACUUAUUGGACAGCUCAUGUCAUCCCUACUUCAUCAUGGUCUACUUCAUUGCGUGAACGUGGUCAUACUCUCGGAUCAUGGUCAGUUCGUUUAG